AUGUCGUCUAGCUGCGGCGUGCCCGUGCCCCUGUCCGUGCUGGACCCCAAGGGCAGCCCCACCAUCGACCAGACGUACGAGAAGAUGGAGAAGAACCUCUACACGGUGCGCAAGACCAACGGCAACAAGCCCCUGACGCUCGCCGAGAAGAUCAUCUACGGCCACUUGGACGACGCCACCACCAAGGCCAAGCGCGGCGAGACCUACCUCAAGCUGCGCCCGGACCGCGUGGCCAUGCAGGACGCCACGGCCCAGAUGGCCGUGCUGCAGUUCAUCUCGUCGGGUCUGCCCAAGACGGCCGUGCCCACGACCAUCCACUGUGACCACUUGAUCACGGCCGAGAAGGGCUCGGACACGGACCUGAACAACGCCAAGAUCGUCAACAAGGAGGUCUACGACUUCCUGUCGUCGGCCGGUGCCAAGUUCGGCAUGGGCUUCUGGAAGCCCGGCAGCGGUAUCAUCCACCAGAUCGUGCUGGAGAACUACGCCUUCCCCGGUGGUCUCAUGAUCGGUACGGACUCGCACACCCCCAACGCCGGUGGUCUGGGCAUGUGCGCCGUCGGUGUUGGCGGUGCUGACGCCGUCGACGUGAUGGCCGGCAUGGCCUGGGAGCUCAAGGCCCCCAAGGUCAUCGGUGUGAACCUCACGGGCAAGCUCUCGGGCUGGACGUCGCCCAAGGACGUGAUCCUUAAGGUGGCUGACAUCCUGACCGUCAAGGGCGGAACUGGUGCCAUUGUGGAGUACUUCGGCCCCGGUGUCGAGUCCAUCUCGUGCACGGGCAUGGGCACGAUCUGUAACAUGGGUGCUGAGAUCGGUGCCACGUGCUCGACGUUCCCCUACACGGAGCGCAUGGGCGACUACCUGCGCUCCACCAAGCGUAGCGGCAUUGCCUCGGCUGCCGAGUCGUUCAAGGCCAACCUGCGUGCUGACGAGGGUGCUCACUACGACCAGAUCAUUGAGAUCAACCUCGACGAGCUGAAGCCGAUGCUGAACGGUCCGUUCACGCCCGACCUUGGCCACGUUGCCGGUGCCGACAUGAAGGAGGCCUGCGAGAAGAAUGGCUGGCCCACGGAGCUGAGCGCUGGUCUGAUCGGUUCGUGCACGAACUCCAGUUACGAGGACAUGACCCGUUGCGCUGACCUGGCCAAGCAGGCCAUGGAGGCCGGCCUCAAGUUCAAGGUGCCGUACUACGUGACGCCCGGUUCGGAGCAGGUGCGCGCCACCAUUGCCCGCGACGGCAUCCUCGACACGUUCCUCGAGUCUGGUGCUACGGUGCUUGCCAACGCUUGCGGCCCGUGCAUUGGCCAGUGGAACCGUACCGACAUGCCCAUGGGCCAGAAGAACUCGAUCUUCACGUCGUACAACCGUAACUUCGCCAAGCGUGCUGACGGCAACCCGGCCACGCACAGCUUCGUGACUUCCCCGGAGAUGGUCACCGUGAGCGCCAUUGCCGGCACGACCACGUUCGACCCUGCUAAGGACACGAUCAAGACCGCAGACGGAAAGGAGUUCAAGUUCGCCGCCCCGUUCGGCAAGGAGCUGCCCCCGCGUGGCUUCGACCCCGGUGAGGAGACCUUCCAGGCCCCGCCUGCUAGCGGCGAGGGUCUGACCGUGAACGUCGACCCCAAGAGCGAGCGUCUGGCCCUGCUGUCUGCGUUCGACGAGUGGAACGGCGAGGACUUCACGGACAUGCCGGUGCUGAUCAAGGCCAAGGGCAAGUGCACCACCGACCACAUCAGUAUGGCCGGCCCGUGGCUCAAGUACCGUGGCCACCUGGACAACAUCUCGAACAACCUGCUGAUCGGUGCUGAGAACGCCGAGACGGGCGAGACCAACAGCGUGAAGAACCAGUUCACGGGCAAGUUCGGCAAGGUGCCCGACGUGGCUCGCGAGUACAAGGCUGACGGCGUCAGCUGGGUUGUGAUCGGGGACGAGAACUACGGUGAGGGCAGCUCUCGCGAGCACGCCGCUCUGGAGCCGCGUCACCUUGGCGGCCGUGCUGUGAUCGUGAAGUCGUUCGCGCGUAUUCACGAGACCAACCUGAAGAAGCAGGGUAUGCUGCCGCUGACGUUCGCGAACCCGGCGGACUACGACAAGAUCACUGGCAACGACAAGGUGGCCAUCGUGGGCCUGAAGACCUUCACGCCUGGCAAGCCCCUGACUCUGCGUGUGACCCCCGCCUCGGGCGAGGCUCCGUUUGACAUCACUGUGAACCACACGUUCAACGAGGAGCAGAUCGCCUGGUUCCAGAACGGCAGUGCGCUGAACCUGAUGAAGAAGAACAACGCCUAA